AACUGCUGCGACCCCCAGUGCUGUUCUCUUCUCUCGGGCCUCAGUUGACCAAAAGCCAUAAUGUCUGACACAGAGGAAGUUGAACAGGUGGAGGAAGAAAGCCAAGAGCAAGAACAUGGUGAAGAAUAUGAUGAGGAGAAGCCAAAGCCCAGGCUCACAGCCCCUAAAAUCCCAGAUGGAGAUAAAGUUGACUUUGAUGAUAUCCAAAAGAAGAGGCAGAACAAAGACUUGGUUGAACUGCAGUCUCUGAUUGACACCCACUUUGAAGCACGCAAGAAAGAAGAAGAGGACAUCAUUGCCCUGAAAGAAAGAAUUGAGAAACGCAGAGCUGAGAGAGCUGAACAGCUGAGGGUCAGAGCAGAGAAAGAAAAGGAGCGCCAGAACAGAUUGGCUGAAGAGAAGGUAAGGAGAGAGGAACAGGAUGCAAUGAGACGUGCAGAGGAUGACAUGAAGAAGAAGAAGGCCCUGUCCUCCAUGGGUGCCUCAUACAGCAGCUACCUGGCCAAGGCUGACCAGAAGAGAGGCAAGAAGCAGACAGCCCGUGAGCAGAAGAAGAAGAUUCUGGCUGACCGUCGCAAGCCACUGAAUGUUGACCACAUGAAUGACGAUAAGCUCAGGGAAAAGGCAAAGGAAAUGUGGGACUGGCUGUACCAGUUGGAGUCUGAGAAGUUUGAGAUGGGAGAGAAGCUCAAGAAACAGAAAUAUGAGAUUACGACUCUGCACAGGAGAGUAGAGGAACUCUCCAAGUUAUUACAACCCUCAGGAAUCGUAUUGAUCAGCUGCAGAAACACAGCAAGAAGGCAGCCGGAGGCAAAGGAAAAGUUGGGGGCCGCUGGAAGUAAAUCAACGCAGAAUCGACACCCGGUCCUCACAGAGAGUAGCCCCAUUCUUCCAUUUCUUCAGUACAUGUUUAGGAAGCUGGUUCCACUCCACGCACCCUCAAGGGCCAUUUCCCUGAGUGCCACCAAGUUCUCUCUGUGGACUGCUUUAUUAUCUCUUCCCUUUUGUAAAUAAAGUGUGAUGCUUCUUACCCCAACAACCUGCUCGCUACUGGUUGAAACACUUUAUGCAAACACUGACGUUGACAAAGAAAAGGACAAAUUGAGGUUGGGAAGGAAUGUGAGGAACAUAUAUUUUAGGGUAGGAGAAACGUGUUCUACUAAUGAGUCAUGGCAAUCUAAAGAUGAAUGUGGAGAUGAAUGUGGAAUACCCCAGUAUUCUUUAACUGAAAGUAAGCACAGUAGUAUAUUAACUAACACAACUUAAUUAUCGCAUCAACACCCAAUUUACAUUAUUCAGCUAUGGAAAAUGAUUGGAGCCUGACAAAUUCCAUGCUUCCAAAAUACAUUCUUAUAGACAUUUAUUACAACAAGCUUCAGCAAUUGGCAGAUGAUUGUCUGCGUUCGCUGUGCCCUGUAAUUCAUUAAACAGUUCUCAUGCUGAA